AUGGCGGCGCGGCGGCGCCGUGCGCAUGUGCGGGGCCCAUGGCGAGACAAGGGGCCGAAGGCGCGCAGGGCCCGAGGCCGAGAGGGCUCUGAAGGCCGCGUGGCUGCUCCGCUCCCGCCCCGCUGAUGCCCGAGGGAGCCGAGCCAUGAAGGGGCAGCAAAAAGCAGCCGAGACCGAGGAGGGGACGGUGCAGAUCCAGGAAGGCUCGGUGGCCACGGGCGAGGACCCCACCAGCGUGGCCAUCGCCAGCAUCCAGUCGGCCGCCACCUUCCCCGACCCCGGCGUCAAGUAUGUGUUCAGGACCGAGGGCGGCGGCACGCAGGUGAUGUACCGGGUGAUCCAGGUGGCUGACGGGCAGCUGGACGCGCAGACCGAGGGCACCAGCGCCAUCAGCGGCUACCCGGCCACGCAGUCCAUGACACAGGCGGUGAUCCAGGGCGCGUUCACGAGUGACGAGGCGGUGGAGACGGAGGCGGCGCCCACCGAGGCGCACUACACCUACUUCCCCGCCGCGGGCGUGGCCGACGGCGCCGCCGCCACCGCCGCCACCGCCGCCACCGCCGUGGUCACCACGCAGAGCUCCGAGGCGCUGCUCGGCCAGCCCACGCCCACCGGGCAGUUUUUCGUGAUGAUGUCACCUCAGGAGGUGCUCCCGGGGGGGGCCCAGCGCUCCAUCGCCCCCCGCGCACACCCCUACUCCCCGAAGUCGGAGGCUCCCCGAGCCACGCGGGACGAGAAGCGCCGGGCACAGCACAACGAAGUGGAGCGCCGGCGCCGGGACAAGAUCAACAACUGGAUCGUGCAGCUGUCCAAGAUCAUCCCCGACUGCUCCAUGGAGAACACCAAGUCCGGCCAGAGCAAGGGCGGGAUCCUGUCCAAGGCCUGCGACUACAUCCAGGAGCUGCGGCAGAGCAACCUGAGGCUGAGCGAGGAGCUGCAGGGCCUGGACCAGCUGCAGAUGGACAACGAGGUCCUGCGGCAGCAGGUGGGGCUGGGAACGGGACUGGGGAUCAAUGGGAUCAAUGGGAUCAAUGGUAUUUGGGUCAUUGGGAUCAAUGGGAUCAAUGGGAUUGGGGUCAUUGGGAUGGGAUUGGGAUCAUUGGGGUAA